AUAAAUAACGCGAACGAAUAAAUUAGUCAAUUUUCCCGCCCAAUAUACUUCAUCAUUGCACACUUCACUUCACUAAAACCUUUUGCCCCUUUUCGCCUCCAAACUAGGGUUUCCAUCAGACCCUCGAAUAGUCUCAGCUCAGCAUGGAAAUCAAUCGAAUCGCUCAGCUCCUCAACGAAACCCUCAGCCCCGAUGGUCUCGUCGUCCAUGCUGCCACCGAAUCUCUCGACCGUCUCUCUCUCCUACCAGAUUUCCCUUUCUCUCUCCUCUCCAUUUCCACCGGAGGUGAAAACCAGGGUCAGAGAAUUGCUGCUGCUACGUACCUGAAGAACUUCACUAGGAGAAAUGUCAAUGCAGAUGGAGUGCAUUCCAAAGUCAGUAAGGAGUUUAGAGAUGCGCUUAUGCGGGCUUUGCUGCAAGUAGAACCUGCGAUUCUGAAAGUUUUGGUUGAAGCUUUUCGGGUGAUCGUCGCAGCUGAGUUUGUGAAGGACUAUUCGUGGCCUGAACUUGUUCCAGAAUUGCGAUCCGUUAUCCAAAAUAGUAAUCUUAUUAAUAACAGUGCGAAUUGUGAAUGGAAGACUAUUAAUGCACUUACUGUUCUUCAUUCACUUAUGAGACCAUUUCAGUACUUCUUGAAUCCAAAACUUGCAAAGGAGCCGGUUCCACCCCAGCUAGAGCUAAUUGCAAAAGAAAUUCUCGUACCUUUGGUUGCUGUAUUUCAUCAUUGUGCUGAAAAGACGUUAACUAUCCAUGUUAGAACAGAAAUGGAAACUGAGAAGAUGCUUCUAAUUGUAUGCAAGUGCAUAUAUUUCGCUGUGAGAUCACAUAUGCCUUCUGCCUUGGUUCCUGUUCUUCCUUCACUCUGCCGAGAUCUAUUUGGGGUCCUGAGUUCUUUAAGUUUUGAUGGCACAUUAACGUUGGAAGAUGGGUACACGCUGAGGCUGAAGACGGGAAAGAGAAGUUUACUUAUUUUUUGUGCUUUGGUCACACGACACCGAAAGUUUUCUGAUAAGUUAAUGCCAGACAUUAUGAAUUGUGUUUCAAGAAUAGUCAAGAGUAGUGCAACUAUCAGUAAGCUGGAUUUCCUCUCAGAGAGGAUUGUUUCAUUAGCUUUUGAUGUUAUUUCACAUAUUUUAGAGACAGGACCCGGAUGGAGACUAGUUUCCCCCCACUUUUCAUCAUUGCUGGACUCUGCGAUCUUCCCUGCACUAGUGAUGAAUGAGAAGGACAUGAUAGAAUGGGAAGAAGAUGCAGAUGAAUACAUACGGAAGAAUCUUCCAUCUGAUCUUGAAGAAAUUUCUGGAUGGAGAGAGGACUUGUUCACAGCCAGAAAAAGUGCAUUGAAUUUACUGGGUGUUAUUGCAAUGUCGAAGGGGCCUCCAAUGAUCGCCUCAGGUAAUAGUUCUUCAGUUUCCUCAAAGCGUAAGAAAGGUGAAAAGAACAAGGGAAAAAAUCGCAGUUCCAUGGGGGAGCUGCUAGUGCUUCCCUUUUUGUCGAAGUUCCCAAUUCCUUCCAAUGUCGACACAUCUAAAACUAAGAUUCUAAAUGAUUAUUAUGGUGUUUUAAUGGCAUAUGGCAGCCUUCAAGAUUUUCUAACAGAGCAGAAGCCUGGAUAUGUAACAACUCUUGUUUGUACUAGGGUGCUACCGUUGUAUACAGUAUCAAUAUGCUCGCCUUAUCUGGUUGCCUCUGCAAACUGGGUGCUUGGGGAGCUUGCUUCUUGUCUCCCUGAAGAGAUGAGUUCUGAUGUCUAUUCUUCAUUGCUGAAAGCCUUGGCAAUGCCGGAUGUUGAAGUUAUUUCUUGUUAUCCUGUGCGGAUAUCUGCUGCUGCUGCAAUUGCAGAACUUGUUGAAAAUGACUACUUGCCACCAGAAUGGUUACCCCUUCUUCAAGUUGUGGUUGGUAGGAUUGGUGUUGAAGUUGAAGAGACAUCCAUUUUGUUUCAGCUUCUUGGUACUUUGGUUGAGGCUACUAAUGGAAGCAUUGCUCUUCAUAUCCCACAUAUUGUUUCAUCGUUGAUUGAUACAAUUUCAAAAUGUAUACCUUCUAAUCCAGAGCCAUGGCCUCAAAUUGUUGAACAGGGCUUUGCGGCAUUAGCGGUGAUGGCUCAAUGUUGGGAAGACUCUGUACCUGAAGAAGUUGAGCAGAAUGAAUCAAGUGAAUGGGUAUCUGGUCGUAAUACCAUAGCUAGAGCUUUCUCAGAUCUCUUACAACAGGCUUGGCUUAGGCCCCUGCAGCCAAUGGAAGGUGAUGAUGCUGCUGUGUUGCCCCCUCCAUCAUGCAUAGAUGAUUCAUCAGCAUUGCUCAGGUUCAUUAUGCAAAGUGUCACUGAAAGCAAUGAAAUUAUAAAGCUAAAAUUAUCAGAACUUAUAGUAGUUUGGGCUGAUCUGAUUGCUGACUGGAAUGCAUGGGAAGAAAUGGAGGAUUUAGCAAUCUUCAACUGCAUCAAGGAAGUUGUGAGUCUCCAAACAAAAUUUGCACUGAAAAAUUUCUUUGUGGGACAAAUGCCGUCCCCUCCAGCUCCACCCGUACCAAAACGUUCCAUUAUUGAAGGAAUUGGUGCUUUCAUCACUGAGGCCAUGUCACAAUAUCCAGCUGCAACCUGGAGGGCUUCCUCCGGCGUCCAUAUGCUGUUACAUGUUCCGAGUUACUCAUUUGAAGCAGAAGGUGUUAAGGAGUCAUUGGUGAUAGCUUUCAGUCGGGCAGCAUUUUCUCGUUUCAGAGGAAUUCAAUCCAAGCCUUGUUCACUAUGGAAACCUUUGUUGCUUACCGUAUCUUCAUGUUAUUUAUGCUAUCCUGAUAUUGUGGAGAAGAUUUUGGAGAAGGAUGAACAUGAUGGCUUCACAGUCUGGGCAUCUGCUCUAGCUUUUAUCUCCAGCAGCAGAUUCGAACAUGGUCUGUCAACAGAAUCGGAGAUUAAGUUAACCGUGAUGGCAUUAGUAAAAGUGGUUGAGCGGCUGCUAAAACUAGGAAAUCUGGGUAGUGGUUUGUUACAAGAAUGCUUUACCUCAUUAAUGGAGGCAUCUGUAAGGUUGAAAGAAGUGCAAGGAGAAGAAAAUGAAGAGGAUGAAGAUGAGGAUGUUGGUGAUCAGGACACUGAAGAAGAAGAAGAUGAUGAUGAUGAUGAUGAGGAUUCCGAGGAUGAUGAGCGUGAAGAAACCGAAGAAGAAUUUCUGGAUAGGUGUGCCAAAGCAGCUGCUGCCUUAGAAAAUGGGACUUUUCUAGAAGAAGGGGAUGUAGAAGAUCAAGAGCAAGGGUUUGAAUUGGGCCAUUUGGGAGAGAUCAACCAGCAAAGCAUUGUGGUGUCAUUAAUAGAGAGAUACCACCAAGUUUUGGUACAAGGACAAUCAUUGCCACCAGAACUCAUUUCAGCUUUUGUGAACACAUUCCCUGAAUGUAGUUUGUACUUCCAGCAAUCUCGGUAAGAUAUUUAUUAUGCUUGAAUAUCUAUAAACAUGUCUACAGGGACAGCAAGAAGAAAUUUGUUGUAAUAUUAAGUGUUUCUGAAUAUGUUGUGACGUAGAGAUCCUCCUGGAUCUGUUGUUUUCUUCUUUUAUUUUUAUUUAUUCAAAUUACUCAUAAA